AUAGCAACUACUCCGUCUCUGGCAUCAACAGAGAAAUCGAAACGACCCCGUCCCAUUGUGGGGGGACGAAAUCGAAUACGCAUUGGUUGACUUUGAUCGCGAGAAUUCGCGGGCCACACUAUUGCUGGAGCAAGAGAGAGUGAUUCGGCAAUGGGAAGCGAGCCAGUGUUGCCCAAGCGAUGGAGCUACGUUACAAUGGGAGUGGGCAUCUUAUGUUGUCGAAACCACCCCUGCAGCUCCAUACAAUGGCAAGGUAGGGGAUCUCUUACAAGUUGAAGCAAAUAUGCGUCAAAGGAGACAUGUAAUCAAUCGAUACCUCUUGCCUCAUCAGCAAGCCAUGUCUCUCUGUGUUUUCCCUCGAGUGGGAGUCAAAGACACAUGGACUACUCCCAGUACACCCAAUCAUCUUGUUUGUCCCCUGCCUCGAUAUCAAUUGCUGGCGAAAAAUGUUCAGGACCGCCCUCAAGGUCGAAUGCGGACGUACUUUCCAGUCGCUCGGGAUGAAUUGACGUCAAAUCCGUUCCACGAUGACCCACCGACGGGGAAAGGAAUUACUGAACAUCUUUGUUUGGAUGAGCUAGAGAUCGGUACCGGGUGCUGCAGCAUUCAAACAACCUUUCAAGCGGCCAACGAGACCGAAGCUCGAUGGCUGUACGAUCAACUCAUUCCGCUGGGGCAUGUCCUUCUUGCCAUGACUGCUGCGACACCCAUGUGGAAAGGAUAUCUAGUUGAUACCGACAUUCGAUGGCAAAGGUUUGGAGACUUGGUUGAUGAUCGCCGACCCGAAGAAAUGGACUAUGUGCCACCCCGUUGGACGUGGAAUCGGACAUAUCUCUCACGCGACAAGCCUCCAAUGCUAGGAGGUAAAGCCCCUCUUCAGCCUAUGGACAAGACCAUCAAGAACCGGCUACUUGAAGGGGGCAUGGAUGAUGCACUUGCCGAGCAUUUUGCAUCAAUCCUCACCCGCGAUCCACUCCUACUAACUCGGGCAGAUCUCGACAAUCUCAAUGAGUCAAACUCGAGAUUGUUUGAACUUCUUCAUGGCUGUGUGUGGCAUCAUGUUCGCUUCAAGCCUCCUCUCACUGAUAGUGGACCCGGGUGGUGUGUUGAAUUCCGACCGAUGGAGGUGCAACUGACAGAUUUCGAGAACGCGGCGUUCGCGAUCUUCAUGUACCUGCUAUCUCGGGCGAUCACCACCUUCCACUUGAAUUUCUACCUACCUCUUGACAUGGUCGGCGAGUCUUGGGAAACGGCCCAGAAGCGUAAUGCUGCGAUAGAAGGGCGUUUCUGGUUCCGGCGAUCAGGGUGGUCUUCUGAAUUCCAUUCCAACGGUCAAUCUGCCAAGUCUAUGUGCAAAGAUAAGACCCAUCAUCACCACGCGGAGAAAGAAUACGGGCUCAUGACUGUUGAUGAGAUCGUCAAUGGUGAGGAUAAUCCUGAGGGGUUCCCCGGGCUUUUGGCCCUGGUGUGGCAAUAUCUUGACCACACGGAGGUUUCCACUGUCGAAAAAUCUCAGCUCGCUCCAUACUUGGAUCUUAUUGAGCGACGCGCGAAUGGAACCAGUCCGACACCGGCAUCGUGGAUGCGUGAAUUUGUUCACCAGCAUGAAGGGUACAGCCGCAACAGCUAUGUUAGUGAGCAGGUUUGCUAUGAUAUGAUGGAGGAGAUCUCUGCUUUGAACAAAAGUUAGACUUGCGUCCAAGGCCAACCUUUCUACUGACAAGCAUCCAGCUUGAAGUAUAGCCCAAAUGUCGAGAAUCAUAUAAUUUAGAACUAGAGCUUGUUAUCCGCUCAGCCAAACAUAACCUGGGCGUAAUUUCUGAAAAGGGGGCACUCAAUUUGCGGUUCUGGUAAACAUUGCACAAUUAAGAGACUUUUGAAGAGCUUUAGCGGGGUCUGGAAUUACCUUCGCCUCUGUCGACCGGAAUCAUCCCUCAUGAUACGAUCCAGCUACUUGACAGAGCACAGCACACCGCUGCGCAAAAUAUACGUCCGCCUAUCACUCUCGGCUCCGCCGUAAAUUCCAG